CCUCCCUCCCUCGCACGUCUCGCAGCGCCAGCUCACGAUGGUGCGCUACGCUCCGCCCUCCGACUCCGGCUCGGAUGCAGGCUCCGCGUCGCCGUCGCCGCCCGGCUCGCCGCUCGCCGCCUCCUCCUCCUCCAAGGCGCUGCCGCAUCUCUCCGCGCCUCCCCUCUCGCCCACCGUGCUCGACUCCUCCUCGCCCGCCAAGCUGCGCGCGCGCUUCGUCUCGCCCACGCCGCCGCGCCGCGCACGCGCCUCGACGCCGUACUGGCUGCGCUCGCCCGGCGAGACGAGCGUGUCGUCACAGGCCUCCUCUAGCGCCUCUACGCUCCACUCCGACUCGGACGACUCCGAGGAGGAGCUGUACCCCGUCGCACCUGCGCGUCGUGCACGGCGACAGAGCACCGCUCUUUCCUCCAGCGCAUCCGAAGCAGCGCAUCGCAUCCGUCUCGCCUCGUGCUCUUCGCCAGACUACGCAUCGCAUCUCUACCCCUCGCGCGCCGCCAGUCGUGUCUCAUGGGCCACCGAUGCGGCGCGGCGCAUCAGCCGCUCGCGCUCGCGCACUGCAGCGGCGGCACGUAGUACGCCAGGGCCCGGGUCUGCAGCGCCGGAGCUCGACGAUGUGGUGCAGAUGCUGCAGCAGAUGCGGAUGCGCAGCGAGGAGCAGGAUCGAAGAGAUCGCGAGGCGUUUGAGAGACGCAACAAGGAUCUGUGGGACCGCAUCAAUUCGGCGAUACGAGAGAACGAGAAGCAAGUGGAAGAGAAGCGAGCAGCCGAGGCAGCGGCAUUAGCAGCCUCGCGACGCGCGCAGGAAGAGGCGGAGAAAGUGGCGCGUGCGGCGCGGGAAGCCGAGGAGGCAAAGAUUCAGAGGGAGAAGGAAGAGGCGGCGAGAGUGGAGAAGGCGCAGGCGGAGGAGAAGGAGAGAGUGGCCAAGGAGGAGAGGGCGAGGUUGGAGGAGGAAGAGAAGGCCAAGGGGCAGGGAAAGCUGGUGGGGCCUGGCCUGCGAGCGACGGCGAGAGAGGACUUUGCUGGCUGGAGCAGCAAGAUGCAGCGCAUCAAGACCGAGGUCCUGCCCGUCGUGUCAGGCAACCCGGACUGGCGCAAGCAGUGCUUUGCCGCCAAGCGCCAAAUCACGCCCAAGAUUGGGCAGCUGACCAACUCGCGCAGCGAGAUUGCUCGCAUCACGACUGCCAUCUGUGGAGUCCUGGACGCAGCGCGCUCAACGGGCGUGGCCGAGAUCUACACGUGGAUCCUAAACCACCUCUCCAAGUGUCUGAUCCGGCAAGCAGAGCAGGAAGUGGCCGCCAAGCAAGACACAGCCUGGCCAUUGGCGCGCGUGGCGCUCUGGGUCAUGCUCGAGGGCCACGCCGAGUUCGGCGAGGUGCUCAUGUGCCGCCUCGUCAAGAAGUGCUGCUGGUGCAUUGGCUUCGUGCCGGAUCGCAGCUCCUCACAAGACGAAGCAACGUACGGCAAGCUCAUCGGCCGCUCGAAGCCCGACGAGGCUUCGCUGCAGUUCACCGCGCGCAUGUGUGGCAUCCUGGCGUUCUACACGGCCAUCUGCGUGCUUCAGCCCACGCAGCCACCGUCCGGCAGCGCCGUCGACCUCGCGCGCGUGCCGGCGCACAUGCGUCCCUCGGCGCUGUGGACAUGGCAGGCGCGCUGCGUUACGCCUCCUAUGACGGACCAUGGCUUGACGCCAGCGCUGUGGGCGACGUUCCUCGAGGUAGCUGGACCACGCACGCUCGACAUCUAUGGCCGGCAGGCUGCAAAGCUAUGGCGGCUGCUGCUGCAGCAAGGCCUCGACGCCAAGAAGGCCAAGUUUGUAGGCGAUGCCAGCGCAAACGCAGCGACGAUGCGCUUGCGCCUCCUGCUCGAGGGCUGGGCGCAGAACGGCAAGAUCGAAGGCGCCACGGGAGGCGCCGAGAUGGGCGCAUGAGUCACGCGCUGUCUGGAGCCUUGCGAGUUUCCAAAUGCUAAGAUUACACCGGGAGAUGAGGCG